AUGGGCCACACAGAUGCGGCGGCCGACGAUAAUCGAGGUCCACAGAUUUUGGCUUUUGCCAUCUCGCUCGUGGCUAUCGCCACAGUUUUCGUCGCCGCCAGAUUAUACACCAAGGUCGUCAUCAAAAGACUAGUCUAUUUGGAAGAUUACAUCAUCGGCUUUAGCAAUCUGCUGCUAUGGGCCGAAGUGUGUCUGUACUUUGUCGCAGUUAGGUACGGGGAAGGGAGGCACAUCUGGACCUUGUCGGAGGAGGAGCUCGGGGCAUCACGGCUGUGGUUCAUCAUCGCCUCCGUGCCAGGUGUCACGGCGCUGGGGUUGCCCAAAAUUGCCAUCGCCUUGAUGCUCAACAGGAUCCUUUUUGCGACGAAAUGGCUCACGACGGCUUCCUGGUUCCUUUCCGCCGUAACCAUGGUGAAUUUUUUAGUCGUCCUUUUUUUCCUCAUCUUCCAGUGCUCUCCCAUGCGAGCAUCCUGGGCUACCGACGUCGAAAACGCAAGGUGUUAUGGCUCCGGCCUAAUUGUCAACAUUUGUGUAUAUGCUUCGGUGUUCUCUGCCAUCACCGACCUCUACUUUGCGUUUUGUCCUGCUGUUGUCAUACUAAGGCUUGGGAUGAACACACAAAAGUCCAUUGGACUCAGCUGCGUACUAGGGCUUGGGGUUUUUGCGUGUGCUGUCGCCCUAUACAAAGUUUCUCUACUUCCACUCAUGACAAGUCCAGACUUUACUUACGACUGUGCAGACCUUAUGAUAUGGACAGUCGCCGAGGCAUCAGCGAUUCUGAUUGCCUCAUCCAUCCCCAUGCUAACGCCAAUAUACCUCUUGAUUGUGCGAAGGCGUAGGGGUCAAGAGCAUCGAGAUGAGGUCGAAAAAGCCCCAAUCGAUGAACUCGUGCAUCAGCUCGGCCACCAGCGUCGAAACCAAGUUCAGCGCCGCGCUUGGGAUGUGGAAACCGGCAUUGUUCAUCGGGUCACAAAUCGUCAGUCUUCUGGUGGUGCGAUGAGCUCGGAGAGGGUCGAGAACGUUGCAAGCAAGUUAAUCUUAUCCAAAUUCUUCUACAUCAUUGUUGCCAAGUAUGACCAGGAGGCGGUGCUGGUCAGUUAG